CACUUCCUCUGUACACUGCAAGUUCCGGACCACAAGCACCAAAGUGGAGGGGCAGGCAGCACACAACCUCAGCAGCCGGAGCACCAGCCUAGGCAUGACCCCUGAGGUGAGCGAAUGGCAAACUUUAGAUGCCUCAGACUUGGCCUUCUUUCUGGAAAACUAUAGCUCUUCCUACGACUAUGGAGAAAAUGAGAGUGACACCUGCUGUGUGUCCCCACCCUGCCCACAGGAUUUCAGUCUGAACUUCGACAGGGCCUUCCUCCCUGCCCUCUACAGCCUCCUCUUUCUAUUGGGCCUGCUGGGCAAUGGUGCUGUAGCAACUGUGCUGCUGAGCCAGCGUGCAGCCCUCAGCAGUACUGACACCUUUCUGCUCCACCUGGCUGUGGCUGAUAUACUGCUGGUACUGACACUGCCACUCUGGGCAGUGGCUGCUGCCAUCCAGUGGGUCUUUGGCUCUGCCCUCUGUAAAGUAGCAGGUGCUCUCUUCAAUAUCAACUUCUAUUCAGGGGCUCUCCUGCUGGCCUGCAUCAGCUUUGACCGCUACCUGAACAUAGUGCAUGCCACCCAGCUCUACCGCCGAGGGCCCCCAACCCGUGUGACUCUCACUUGUGUUGUUGUCUGGGGGCUCUGUCUGAUCUUUGCCCUCCCAGACUUCAUCUUCCUGUCAGCCCAAUAUGACAAGCGACUCAAUGCCACCCACUGCCAGCACAACUUCCGGCUGGUGGGCCGGAGGGCUCUGCAGGGACUGCAGCUGGUGGCUGGUUUCCUGCUGCCCCUGCUGGUCAUGGCUUACUGUUAUGCCCGCAUCCUGGCUGUGCUACUGGUCUCCAGAGGCCAGCGGCGCUUGCGAGCCAUGAGGCUAGUGGUGGUAGUAGUGGUGGCCUUUGCUCUCUGCUGGACCCCCUAUCACCUGGUGGUGCUGGUGGACACUCUCAUGGACCUGGGGACCUUGGCCCGCACCUGUGGGCAAGAAAGCCGGGUAGAUGUAGCCAAAUCAAUCACCUCAGGUAUGGGCUACAUACACUGCUGCCUCAACCCACUACUCUAUGCCUUUGUGGGGGUCAAGUUCAGAGAGCGAUUGUGGACACUACUCAUGCGCCUGGGCUGCCCUAACCAGAGAAGGCUUCAGCAGCAACCAUCAUCUUACCGCAAGGAUUCAUCCUGGUCUGAAACCACAGAGGCUUCCUUUUCAGGCUUGUGAAGCUGGGAUGGGUAGUCCCUUUUGCCUAUGUACCCUAAUCUCCUACACACUCACACAUACACACACUCAGAGUUCCUCCAUCCCAUCCCUCAACUGCUCGGCUGGCUCUGGCUAUCCCAUACCUUGCCCCUGGAACUCACUGGUAGUCCCAGAACAGUGGGAAUGGCUCCACUUCUGCUUCUUAGCUACAAAGCCCCAUCCUGCCACUUCAGAGGUGACUGCGUGGGUCCCUAAUGCUCUUCUACUUGCUAAUCAGUAAGUAGAACUUGGCCUUCCCCAUAUGCAGGUAGUAUGAGACAAACAACCGAGGUCCAGACCUCUGCUUCAGCUAUGAUUUUUAAUGUGGUCCCCAAGAUCUUUACAUUUGCU